GGCUGAGAUGGAAGAAGACUGUCCUAACUUUAGGAAGGAGUUGGUAAGCAAGUUGCUGUACUUCCACUUUAAGGAUGACAAAUGCAAAGUCAGUCCAGAUGCUCUACAGCUCAUGGUGGAGAUGCUGAAGAUCUUUGUCCAAGAAGCUGCAGUUCGAGCAAUAAGACAGGCCCAGGCCGAAGACCAAGACAGAGUUGACAUUGAACAAUUUGAGAAGGUGUUGCCCCAACUGCUUCUAGAUUUUUAGAAGCGGCAGCACUGGAAGAGAUGAAGGUUGCUGUGUCAAGCUGAGCCACCUGGGUCUUUUCAAGUCAUCUACCUGCCUCUAAACUGUUUCAGUACAGGAACCAACCUCAUCUUAACAUUUCUGGGAGUGUCUUAUUUCAGCAAGGAAUUCAAAAAGGCCAGAUUGUGUUUACUUCCUGACACAACUGAACCAAACCAAACAGAAGAUCCCUAGCCACUGUCUGCCGAGAGUGUUCUACCACAGCCACUUAGCAUAAGGAUGAGGAUCCCUUUCUUUCUCCUCUGCCAGGGCUGGAAAAUAAGGAAGCCUGUGUGGUGUCUUCCUGGAAAAGCACAAGGUGGGAGGUGAGGGAGGAGGAAAAGGAUAGGUACUGGGAUCAAGGGAAGAGCUAAGAAGGGGCAAGCCAGGUCACACUGGAAUAAAGUAAGGUGCUCUAGUUCCAGCAUUUCCUGCCCCAGGGGCUACCUCAGUUAUAGAUCAAGGUACUGGUGCUGCCAUUCAUUCUUAGCUCCCUGGAAAACAAAGGCUAUAUAUGUACAUGGGGCUGAGGAGUUACCACACCCCUGCCUCAUCUUCUGCGCCACCAGCUUUAGCCUCAACAGAGAUUCCCUCCCUUCCCCUCAGCUCUGGCCCCAAGAGGAGCUCCCCAAGCACUCCAUCCAGCACCAAGCUCAGAGCCAGGUACCUGAUCUUUAGUUUAUACACAAACAGAGCCUGGUGCUUUCCUCCCAACAUUUUUGCUGCUGUCUGACAUCAAAGCUAGUUUGUAACCUUUUAACCAUUUGAUAUUCCCCUCAGAAGCUGCUUCCCUGAGCUAUAAAUUUGCUCUUACAAAGCAAAAUCAAUAAAUCAAAACUGUCUCCUU